UACGAUCUGAAAGUUCAAGUUCCAGUUCGGAUCAGGAAAGUUCUUCAAAACCUAAUAAGGGAAAAAGAAAAUACCAGGUCCCUGAAUUUCGUUAUACAAACAAAAAACAAAAGAAAGCCAAUAAGUUAAAAAAGAAUAUUAAUGAAAUUAAGAAAGUUCUCAAGAGAUUAUCAAACCAAGAUGCUAGUAAAGACGAUGCAAAUUCAUCAGUUUCCGAGUCACCAGGCGAUCGACCAAGUGCUUUUUGGAAAAAGUACUUCAAUCCACGAGAAUGGGCUGAGGCAUUGCCUAAUAUUAAUAUUAUUUUAGAUGAUACAGCAUACCAUUCUGAUGAAAUCUUAGAAACAGAUAAGGAACUGUAG